AUGCAUAAUUUACCUCGCUUGGUACAGGUAUUGCUUUGUGAUCUUGAUAUUGAUCUGCCACCACUCUUGGCUGGACACCAGGCUUGCUUUCUUUCACCCACACAAUGGCCUAUCUCAGCACCCUCUGCAUUCAAGGUCAUUGAAUAUGCUACUUCUGCCAGCUCAUCUAAGAUGAACGCAUUUAAACAACACCGGUCCUUUACUCAGUUGGCGGACCCAAGCCUGUUGUCGGCUAACACCCCAACGGGUCCGAGAGACCCAGGGGUCACGAGUGACUCGUCAAUAGCUUCCGCUUUCGAGGCUUCAAUCAAUAAAUCAAAGAGGGUCUCCGCUUCUGGUAUAAAUGAGUCACAUCCUGGGGAUUCUGCUGCAGAAGAUCCGUUAUCAAGUGGACCUGGAACUCGAGACGAAAGUGCUAUGAACUCUGACUUAUCUUGCCAUCCCACUCUUCUAGAUAGAAUGUUAGCCAUGCAGAAUGCAGACUUUCAAGCUGUAAAAUCUCUUAAUAGCCAGCUAGGCAUCCGUGGUCUCCUAUGCUUGGCACACAGACGACCCGCACUUGCCUCGCAGCUUUUUACUGCACUCUGGCCGCAGCUUUGGCAAGGUUUGUUGCUUGGCCAGAAUAUUUCUGGUCAAAGAGGUAUUCGAAUACGCCGAGACAUUGUUUCAGACGGGGAAGUUGAGCUGAUUGAAGAGAGAGAAGAGGAAAGUGAUGAUUAUGAUGAUAUUGAGGAAGAAGAAGUGACAGAUGAAAUGAUGGUGAAUGAAGUGAGAGAAGAUGCAACAACUGCUAAGAGAAGCGAAGAUGAGGGGACUUUUGGUGAUACGAAGCCGAAAAUCAACGAAACUGGCAUGUCGGAGGCUCAUGGACUAGUUUCGCUCCCGAUUACUGUAAAUUCACAUUCAGGAUCUCUUGUUUCAUUCGAUGCCACUAAUACUGCUAUGGCUGAGUGUACGGCCAUGUUAGCCACACCCAUGGUUGCGUUUGAUUCAGCUUCAUGUGAUGUGGCAGUUAAGACCGAAAGUAUGGAGGUCGACGAACCACAAGCAAUUUCAGAGGGACCCACAUUAAUCGAGAAUAGGGUUUCACCGCACCUUGAUGCUGUUGGCGAGUCUGAGGGUAGAACCAAAAUCAGAUCCUGA